AUGCAUUUCACAGGUGUCCUCGCCGUCUCGGCUUCUCUCGUUGCUGUCGCCUACGCCAAUGACCCUCUGGCCUUCACUGCUUGGCCCAAGAAUAUUCAGGCUGGCAAGCCUGUUACUCUGACAUGGGAAGGCGGUGCUCCAGACCAGCCCGUCACUCUCACUCUUCGCAAAGGAACCUCCACCAACCUGGAGGAUGUGGAAAUUAUGACCGCCCAGGCCAAGGAUGGCACCUUUACCUGGACCCCUGGUGACAAUGUCAAGAGUGGAGAGGACUAUGCUUUCCAGAUCAGCCAGGGUGGCGAACGCAACUACUCCGCCCUUCUCAAGGCUGGACCUGCGGUGAACGCCGAAUCCGCCUCGGAAUCUUCGCAGACAAACACUGCUACCAACACCAACACCAACACCAACACCAACACCAACUCUGCUCAAACUAGCAGCAGCUCCUCCAGCACUAGCGGUACAACUGCCACUCAGGCCGCUGCCACAACAAGCAAGCCCUUGAUCAGCUCAUCGGCCGCAGCUACUCCCUCUAGCACCCCAGCCUCUUCAACGACUGUGACUCACUCCGUCGUUGCUGCCGAACCUUUCGAGACUAGCAAUGUGAAGAACGGCAAAGCGGCCUCGGCAACUGGAAGUAUCCAAAAUGGUCGCGCUUCCUCUCUGCAGUCCUUCUCACAGCUCGCCAUGGGUGCUCUGGGUCUGCUGGUGUAUCUUGUUCAGUAA